UCUCUGCCCCGAGAAAGUGAUUGGACGCGAGCCAGCUUUUCCAAAAUUUCAAUCUUACUAUCUUCAAGAAGCUCGCAUAUUUGGUCAUCUGCCAAAUGGACAUCAUGAGAGCUACUCUUCAGAGCCGUCUUCUCUCUCUGCUCGUCGUCGUCGUCAUCCUCCUCUCACCCGUGACAUCUGCCAUGCCUUCCUACAGUGGCAACGCCUAUGACGUCGUCAACACUGCCAACAACUCAUUUUGCGUGAACCAAGAUGAUCCCAACUUAUGCACAGGCUCCUACAAAUGCGAUACUUCCAACAUGGACUCUCUGGAAUGCGUCUUCUGGGUCUACAACGCAACCUGCAAGACCCUACAUGCCCAAGAUCCGUGGGGGGUCAGCGCUGGUGACAAUCUAAGCUUCGAAGGUUUGGAUCAAGAAGUGAAGAUCCAGAACGUGACGGAGACUACCGACAAGGACAAGAUCAAUAUCGUCUUCCGAUACGGGAACAAGUCGUAUGGCGACGGCAAGAGUAACUACGUGAGAGAUCAUUGCCCGGGCCUAAUAACUUAUGAGUGUGCGUACAUGGCGUCGACUUUUACUUGCAAGUGAGCGCCAGAUUGGGUUUGUCCUAACUUGGUGCGUGAUUUAGCCACUUUUGUUUGUUCAAGGGAUAUGGUGUCUGUGAGGAAGACCGCUUGAUUGCGU